GAAAUAGUUUAUCGGCGACAGUAUUCAAGCGUUUUAGACAGAAAUUUUCAGAGCCAAAGUGAUCGUACUUUUUGAAGUAUUGGAUUGCAAAAUAUGGCAUACGUUUUAAUGAGUAGCUUUCUGAGAAAAGGCGAGGAAUGUUGUGUAUGUGCACGUACGACGGAUACGAUUUUGUUGUAUUACUUUAGUCUGAUCCCCUGUCUGCAGGUUAUGUUGUUGCUUUAUUAGGAGGGUCAAGAAGCCAGACAGGUUUUCGUUGACAUUGACAUAUCAUUGCCAUGGAUACAGAGGUAGCUGUGCCCGUUUCAUGUUCUGCGAGUAAUGAGCAAGAGGUGAUUGGUAUGUUGCUGGCCCAGCAGGCCGAGCAUGAGGAGGGCGAACUUCAAAUAGAACAGCCUCCGACAUCCGAGGUCGAACAUGGAGGGUUGCCCACCGGUAACAUGGCCUCUACUGUAACGGACGCAGGUGGCCUCCAUUUUGGGGAUGGGCAGACUCUUCAAGCAGUGGAGUUCCCUGAUGGAUCUACAGCUAUCAUACAACGCAAAGAUCUUGUGGAUGGACAGGCAGUACAGCUAGAGGAUGGGUCCACAGCUUACAUCCAACAAGUCACUAACAAGGCUCCAACAUUUGAGGAAGGCCAGGCUGUCCAACUGGAAGAUGGCUCUACUGCUUUCAUCCUCAGAACACAACCAAAAGGUCAAAACUUGCAAGCUAUUCAACUUGAAGACGGCUCCACGGCACUAAUUCAAACGGAGAUUUCACCUGAAGGGUUUGCUGACCACUCACAAGGUUCCUAUAGUACUGAUGAAGCUGUGGAUCCCACAGCACUCAAUGUAUUGGAUCAGUUUACAUGUACAUCGCAAAUGGAGAAUGAGGCAUCCAGCUCCCAGAGCGAUAUCAGCAAAGUGAGCGAACCUAGCAUUAUGCUCAAGACAAUCAAUCUGGUCCAUCAACCAAUGAUCACCAAAACCGCUCUCUCUGAAGGCUCCUCAUCAAAGGGUUUCAGAUGCAGAUACAAAGAAUGCGGGAGGAUGUACACCACUGCACAUCAUCUUAAGGUUCAUGAGCGUUCGCACUCCGGAGAGAAACCGUAUAAAUGUGAGGCACCGGGAUGUGGGAAGGCGUUUGCUUCAGGCUAUGGACUGAAGAGCCACACUAGAGUCCACACUGGUGAGAAGCCUUACCGGUGCCCUCAAGAGUUGUGUACCAGGGCGUUCAAGACGUCAGGAGACCUACAGAAACAUGUCAGAACUCACACAGGGGAGAGGCCAUUCAAGUGCCCAUUUGAAGGCUGCGACAAAUCCUUCACAACAUCAAACAUUCGCAAGGUCCACAUUCGGACGCAUACAGGAGAGCGGCCGUACAUAUGUGAUGAGCCAAUGUGUGGACGUGCCUUCGCUAGUGCUACUAACUAUAAAAACCAUAUGAGAAUUCAUACAGGUGAGAAGCCCUAUGUCUGCACAGUCGCUGGCUGUGGCAAACGUUUCACCGAGUACUCCAGUCUUUAUAAGCAUCAUGUCGUACACACCCACUCCAAGCCAUACAUCUGCGAACACUGCGGCAAGAACUACCGGCAGACGUCAACGCUAGCCAUGCACAAACGCACGGCUCAUGGGGAUGUCGAAGAUGAGAUGGAGGAUCAAAAUCAGUUCUUAGCGGUGCAUACGGAGAGAAAUCAAGAAAUUGUCGGAGGUGUUGUGUCUUCAAUUUUGACGACGCCUACCAAACAGCAACGCGUCCAAUAUGAAAUUACUACCGUCACCUGUGAGGGCGCUUCGCUCGGCACAGACACCAUCGUCAUGCACGCUGCGGGAGUACUUCAGCAGGCCGAUGCAGCCAACGUAAUCCAGUCACAAAUUGACAACAUUGUCGGCUCGACCGGUAAAGUUACCAUGGUGACGAAUGUGGACCCUGAGGUUGCCAUGGCAGCCAUCAAGGCAGUGGAGGAGACGGCCCUGCAUGUGGUGUCGGCCAAUGGGCAGGAGCUAACUGAAGAUCAGAGGCAGCAACUACAGGAUGCUAUUGUAGCUGUUAACGCACAAGACACUCCAGAGGGAGUGAGUAUCGCUAAUGUAGCUUCCGCAGUUGAAACGGACACAGCUAUGGCAUCAUUAGAGGCAUAGAGCUAGUCACUCAGUGGGGGUGAGCGCAAAAGUCAAACUUUCUUACAGUAACUGAAUGGAUGGUACAUGAUUAGUCUUCAAACCCAAUUUCAUAGAGCAGCUUAAAGGGUCUAUGUAACUUUUGUAGGACAAAAA